GUUUGUGACGUCAGAAUCCCGCGAUGUGAGACUUGUGACGUCUGAAUUAGCUGUCCGGCAGCAGUAUCUGAGAUCUACACGGUAACGGCGUUGCAGGAUUUUGAAACAGCGAUCCGGGAUUGCGGCUUGUGUUAAGAAAACCGGCGCUGUCCCCUGAAAAGCGGGAGUGUUGGGCGAUUGAUAAAAAAAGGACUGAUCAGAGCCACCACAGAAAACUGAAGUUGAAACCCUACGUGCACAACAGCUCUAAAAUCAUGAAUCCUGUUUACAGCCCUGGUUCUUCUGGGGUUCCAUAUGCUAAUGCCAAAGGGAUUGGUUAUCCUGCAGGCUUCCCAAUGGGCUAUGCUGCAGCUGCUCCUGCGUAUUCUCCAAACAUGUAUGCUGGACCCAAUCCUGCUUUUCAACCAGAGUUAGAGCAUCCGUCACAUGUGCCUUCGGGUGUGCAAAUGUUCAUGUUCGGGCACACUUUCUCUGUUGCGAGAAACGGUGCAAUUCCUUCAGGGUACACACCAGGUACACCAUACAAAGUGUCAUGCUCACCCACCAGUGGGACGGUACCACCUUAUUCUUCAUCCCCAAAUCCUUACCAAACGGCAGUAUAUCCAGUAAGAAGUGCCUAUCCUCAGCAGAAUCCAUACGCACAGCAAGGGGCAUACUACACACAGCCUUUGUAUGCUGCACCCCCUCAUGUAAUUCACCACACUACUGUUGUGCAGCCCAAUGGAAUGCCUGCAACAAUGUAUCCUGCUCCAAUACCGCAACCCAGAGGCAAUGGAGUGGCUAUGGGGAUGGUGGCUGGGACAACCAUGGCAAUGUCAGCAGGUACUUUGUUGACAAGCCACUAUCCAACUCCUGUAGCUCCUCAUCAAGUCACUAUGCCAACGUAUCGGCCUCCAGGGACUCCAACUUAUAGUUAUGUCCCACCGCAGUGGUGAUAAGCUGAACAGUGUUUAAAGAUGGAAGAUAUGCAAGCAAGUUGAGGCUUAACAGAUGGUGCUGAUGCUUUUAAGCCUCUAGUGAGAAGUUUCUUCCUUCUGAAUUCUCUCUACACUUUGCCUAACACUAAUUCAGGAUCUCUGAAGAUUCCCAUUACUGCAUAUCUUAACAUCUUGGGACUCUAGUGGUUGUCUUAAAAUGAAAAUCCUGUUUUGUGGACAGUCUUGCAAUUUUUUUAGCUAAUUAUUAUGAUUAAAAGGGAGUACAAUGUUGUUUCAAUCCAUAUCUAGUUGAAUGCAUGUUAAGUACAGAGAUGACGCUUGCUCAGUUUAAAGCAGUGACAUAUGCAAAAACAAACAAACAUCAUAUGCAAAACCCAAAGGAACUGGGAGGAGCUUGGGAAGACCUUGUGCUACGUAUGCAUUUAUUAUGCAUGCAGGGUCCUAUGAUCUAGAGGCAAGACUAAGCAUUCCAGCAUGUACAUUCAUGUUAGUGUUGCUCAGAUCACAUUGGAGAUUGUUGCUAGUUACAUGGUGCCAUGUGUUAAUAACUUGAUUUCCACUCUCAGAUUAGUGUUACUCCGAAUUCAUUUUGUCUCUAGAAAUGUUGAGCUUGUCAUUUCUUUUCUUUUUUUUUUUUUUUUUUUCAAGUUUUGUGUUACAAUAGGAAUAGUGUAGAGAAAGUGUUGCCUCCAUUUUUGGAGACAAAAGUUUGAUGUCACCAGUUGCUGACUUUUUCCCCCCACUACAAUCAUCAACUGGCUGAACAAAAUGUACUCAUUAUAUAAGCAGCAAUUUACUCUCCAUGUAAUAACAUUCAUUUUAUUUAUAGGAUUAUCUUAGAAGCAAAUGUUCAUACUUCUAUCAUUCCAUAGAAGAGUUUUUCCUUUUUUUAAUUUUGUUUUUUUUGUGACUGGGUUUCCUUGUUUUGGGAGAUGACGCUAAAUGUUUCUGUGAGUCGCACAUUAUUUCAGAGAGUGAAAACUACAUUCUUCUGUCAAUCUGAUACUGACCUCAAACAUUUCUUUAAUACAGAGCUUAAUUUCUUCAGAAUUUCUUACAGAACUUUUCUUUUCCUUUAACAACGUCUUGGCGUGGCACAGUUGACUUUUUUUGGUUUCCGUUACAUAAUAAAGUAUAGCAGGUGAUCUUUCCUCAUUCUUUAGUUUUUUAGGGUAAAUGUUAACGUGCUUUAACAUUUGCUUCUGUUUUACACAGAGUAUUUAAACCUGCAUGUGUCCUGCCCACUAUUUGGGUAACCAGCGGCUGCAGGGGAUUUCCGUGGGUUUGGUGGUAAAGCUGCCUGUAAUGAAACGCCUGACAGAUAUAGAUUUCACACUACGAAACUAUACUCCUUAUAAGAAUUAUUCUAGUCAUGUAAUGAUGGCUUCACUUACAAGGUACUUUUUUUCUUUUGCACACAUUUGAUCACUGUUUUACCUUUCCUUAGAUUUAUUGGUGUAAGUGUGGGGGAAACUGCACGUCAUGUGACCGCUUUCCUCAGUCCUUAACUAUUUUAAAUAACGGCACUGUUCCUGAAAAUGAUUUGGGUAUUUUCCAGUAUAUGAAUAGGCAUGCACUGUGUAUGCACUCAUAGGUUCAGAAACGGCUUGCAAAAUACUUUUCAUGCGCAGAUUCAUUUCUUUAUCUCGUGUUCAAUACCUAUGUGAAUUUAGUAAUCCAUGUGUUUGGUAUUCAGAGGACUAAUUUGUCAUUUUCUGGUAAUUUAGAGCACCCAUGAAGUUGUUGGUGGUAUUAUUCAGCAACCUUCAUGGGUGCCUGCAUGGCUUACCCUUUCUACUGGAAUUAUUCAGAGACCUGGAUUUGGGAACCUGUGCAUGUCCUGCCUAGUAAUUCCCUAGCCACUGUUUCUUUUUAAAUUGGAUCUGCAUAGAACCUGCCAAUUGCACUCUCCUGGGACAAAGCCACCCCUUUCUCUUCUUCACAUGAUUACUUGGUUAAUGGCACUUCCACAAGCAAAUAUAUGUCUUAUUUAGAACGUUUGUUUAGCAGGACUACUACAUGCAGUGCACACUGAGGGUGAAAAUUACAUCGGGACAGGAGGGUUUUCUUUUAAGAGAACACGAGACUGUAACAAAAAGGUGAAGGUUUGUUAGUUUCAGCUGUAUUACUUUCUCUGAUUUAAUUAGCAUUUUACUUUUACAUCUCACAUUCCCUAAAUUGCUUAAAUAGGGUAUAGAAUAAGCAGUGAUUGCAGGUUGGUUAUCUUAUAAAGGGGCAGACCAUGCACACACACUAUUAUUAAGGGCUUGCAGGCCGUGCACACUCUAUAAUAUUAUAAAGGGCUUGCGGCCUGACACCCUUAGGAUCCCUAUAAAGGCUGCACUUGGUUGGGUGGAAGCAGGAUGCACUGCAGACGCUUGUGUGGUUUUUGGUUGAAUUGCAAAGGGUUACAGGUAUGUGCAAAGAGUUUGCCAGAUGAUCUACCCCUGAGUUAAUGGGUGGUGUAACUGCUUGUUUUUCUCUUAUUUUGUGAUGACAGUAUAACAAGGGACAUUUAGCUGUCUCUAAUCACACAUCUAAUGGAAAGCAUUUGAAGUUUCCUUCCUGCCCAAUGAAAGCAGAGAAGUGGAAGAGUGCAUGACCUAAAUGUACUAAAACUUCAUUAUUAACAUUCCAUUGAUGGUAAAGAUGCCAUUUUCCUUUUUCUCCAUGUCAGUGUAGUUUAUCUCUGUUACUCUUUUUCAUAGGCCAGGGCAUUUCCAAUAUUUGCAUUUCCCCCCAUUCCCUUUACUCUAGAGAGUCUUUUUCAUGCCCCCAUAGGAAAUACCAAAUGUAUCUGCUAAUAAAGCUUGGUUUCUCUACAUUCCCUGUUUAUUUACCAGUAAGGAUAAUUUCAUUAUGGGUAUUAAUCUAUAUCUAUAAUCUAGAGAAGCUGUUGAGUUCAAUCUGGCCUGUACCUGUUACAUGUUUUAGGUAUUCAUUUUCACAGAGCAAUGCUGGGCUGUUUUUUUUUUUUUUUUCAUAUUAUGAAUUAAAAAUCUGCACUCUUAAUGAAAUAAAUGAUAAUAUUCUUCUGUAUCCCCCUCUCCUGUGACAGCUCAAUUUCAUUGUCUAGGGGGGGCCCACACCAAUAUAAUUUGUCAAGAUCUGAUUCCAACUCCUGAAAGAAUGGAGACAGGUUGCUGUGAGGGGAUUACUGAAGAGUAACCUGAUUAUUUCAGAAACUGGGAAGAAUUGUUAAUUGAUUGUUAAUCCAUGGGAUGAAAGUUGUAUUUUAAAAAUUUUCACCACAGCUCCCAUAUAAAUGCAUUAUGGCAGCUAUAUUUAAUGUAUGCCAGCCAGCUAGUACAAACCCUAACAGCGACCAUAGGUGCAUGUUAUGAAAAAUGAGAGCUUGGUAGGUCCAAAGGGAAAGGGACACUGCAGUAAAUGCAAACCUGGUAGGUCCAAUGGGCAAGGGACGCUGUAGGAGACCGCAGCUAAUUUGCCUACUUACCCUGGUAAUAAGGGAAACCAAUAUAUGGCAGGAUCUCAUUCCUUGCUGUAUUGGAAAACAACCAAACAAAAUUAAUUGCCACAUGCACUUGGCAAGAAAAGACUAAUGACGACAAAGAAAAGCAAAGACCGGCAAAUACAUGGUACGUGACUGUGCUAGGCUCUGAUUUAGUAGUCGGUACCUCCGUAUGUGAAUGCUAUGCCCACCUUCCAUUUAGAAUUAAAAACGUAAGGCUCGUGUAUUUCUAUAGGCUUUGGAACAUAUUUUUUGUGUUUUUUUUUUUUUUUUUUGUAGAAGUUUUCCUUUACAUGCAGUUUUCAUACUUUUUAUACAUAGGUUAAUGUUGUCUUCCAAAAACAAAGCAUCAUAUAGACAUGAGACAGAUACUCUGAAUGUGGAGGGUAGGAGAGAGGCCAUUCUGAGCCGGUUCAAUUAUGGAUACUUUUUUGUAUAAUGUGAUUUAGAUGAGCUCAGAUUCAAAUUCUUUCAAAGCACGUUUAUUGUAACAAGAAUUGUUCUGUAUUAAUACUGUUUUGAAUAAAGAUUGACUUGUGUUGCUAA